GAGCCGAGACGAGCCUCGGUGCUGCUAACUUAGUUAACCCUCCCAAAACCACAGAUUUGAAUCCCGCAGCCAUGGCGAACCAAGAGCUCGACCCGGUGGCUCCUCCUGGGCUUCACCUCGUCUCCGCCUUUCUCGCUAUGGAACCAGCGGACUCUCUCAUCUCCCUUGCGAGAGCAUGUGGUGGUGGAUCGGUGACGGAGAAAGUUCAGAGGUUUAUUUGGAGUUAUUGUAUUAGUGAAGCUUCUGGGAAAGGUUAUGUGCCUUAUGUGAAGAACUUUCUGAAGAAGCUCAUUGUUGAAGUUGAGUCAAACCACGGUGAUGUUCUGGAUGAACUAUACGAACAAUAUGCUUACAUUAUGACUUCUUUGAAGGAUGACCAUUUGGCUGAAAAAAAUAAGAGAGUCUGUAAAUACAUUACUUUUCUUUUUCCAGAUGGUACGUUUGAUCUCCCAAGUUGUCCAAAGUCAAGGAAACUGAUCGUUCCACUUCAAUGUUCCCUCAACAUGCUUGAAGGAGAUACAGGGUGUUCAAUUUGGCCCUCCAGCCUAUAUUUGUCAGAGAUCAUACUUUCGUUUCCAGAAAUAUUCUCUAAUAAAUCUUGUUUUGAGGUUGGUUCAGGGGUCGGUUUGGUUGGAGUGUGCCUUGCCCAAGCAAAAGCUGCAAAGGUUAUAUUGACUGAUGGUGACCUAUCAACACUAGUUAACUUGAGGUCUAAUUUGGAGUUGAACCAAUUAAGCAUAGAAACUGAUUUCUCUGAAAAUGAAGAUUCAAAUGUGGUGAAAUGCAUUCAUCUGCCGUGGGAAUCUGCAUCAGAAAGUGAGGUCCGUGGCUUUAUGCCAGAGAUUGUUCUGGGUGCAGAUGUAAUUUAUGAUCCAACAUGCCUCCCGCAUCUCGUCAGAGUUUUAUCCAUUCUCUUGAGUCAAAAGAAAUCAGAUUCUCCGACACAAAAAGAGAGUUGCAAAGGCUCAAUCCGAGAUAGCGAAUAUGGUCAUGACCGAGUCAAUGAUACCAAUCAGGGGAAAAUUCUGUGUGCAAAUGACUUGGAUAGAUGCCAUUCUAACCAUAACGGAAUUGAUGCUUGUAAGGAAGCUCCCAACACUAGGUCAAGUGAAGGCCCAGUGGCUUAUAUCGCAUCGGUCAUUCGUAAUAUCGACACCUUCAAUUGCUUUCUCGCACUAGCAAGUCAGGCUAAUCUUGCUAUUACAGAUAUAACUGAAACAUUUAGGCCCUUCAAUUUGCUUCCUUACAUGCAGUCAUAUCAACGAUCAAAUAUUAGAUUAUUUAUUGUAUCUUGCAACACUUAACUAUACUAUUUGUACCUCUUUCUGGGUUUUGAAUGUCUAGGCCUGCUGUUUAAGACAAGGGAUAUUGUAGGUUUUUUUUUUUUUUGGAUAACCGGGGUUU